CAGCGUUGCCCCCUGGCUCCCCGCAUCGUACUGCGUGGGGGGAAGGAGGGCUGAGGGGGCUCUCCGGGGGGAGGAGGUACAACUUUAGAAGUCUCCAUAGUCUUUUCCUUUCAGGAAACACAUCCUGUUAAUGUUUGACCGCUGUGGCAGUGGCUCUGUUUGUUGCAGUCGACUACGCCCUGAGGCUCACCAAAAACAGCCACAAAAACAGCCGUUUCCUCUCGGUGGAGAGCUGGGGGGGCCUUUUCCUCGCCGCAGCGGCUGUUCCCCGGUCCCGGCACUCGUAGCUCGGGUCUUUGGAGAGGGACACAGCAGAGCAGACUCCUCGUGAUCCUCCAAACUUGCAGAGCUCCCGUGGGAUGAGAGCACUCACCUCCAGUUCGGCUUGGCUUUGAGAGAAUGCCAUCUGUACCAGGUUGUGGGAUAUUCUGAAGUUUGCAGCCGAGAAAAAAACCAAAACAACCCAGCGGCCACGGUUGAGUUGGAGGAGCCGGCGCUUGACAGGCUGUGGCGAGCAUCCCCCUGUGCCCUGCAGCAGCUCAGGCUCUCCUGCCUCGAGACUGGAUUCUUUCUGGAUUCCCCUUGUCGCACAAGGAAUGGACCUCCCUGUCGCCCAGUUCAUGGCAGGACUGGCAUUACUCAUCAAAGUGCAAGAAGGUGGAUAAGCCAAAGCUGGGAAGGACCUGAAAAAGCUUCUCUGUGUUCUUAUUUUAUGGAAUUCACCUACCUACCUCAGAAAAGUCUCAUUUCCUCCAUCAGAAACACCUCUGAAAUCGACUUUGAGAAUGAACGGUGAUGUCCUCUAGCCCUUUGUAACACCAUAGCGAAGCUGCCUCUGUCAAGUCCAAGUUCAAUGUGCUGCAGCUGACUGGGACCUGGUGUCUUCUGCAAAUAGAGACUGGCAGCAAGUGACAGUCAGAUAUGACUGUCCAGAAACUGGUAGCCACAGCUGUGUUGGUAGCCCUGGUCUCACUUAUUCUUAACAAUGCAGCUGCCUUUACUCCCAACUGGGUAUACCAGACACUGGAGGACGGGCGGAAGCGUAGCGUGGGGCUCUGGAAGAUGUGCUGGCUGGCAGAAAAGACCAGAGGAGGUGCAAGCACCACCAGUGCCAGGCAGGGGCACGGGGAGGAGCGCGAGUGUGAAGCCCUGGGCUGGGGCUCGGAGUCAGCAGGGUUCCAGGAGUCACGCAGCACCGUCAAACUGCAGUUUGACAUGAUGCGUGCCUGUAACCUCAUUGCCACUGUUGCUCUGACUGCUGGCCAGCUCAUCUUCGUCCUGGGCCUGAUGGAGCUCCCCAUCAUUUCUCAGGAUACCCAGUGGUGGGAGGAGGCCAUAGCUGCCCUGUUCCAACUUGCCAGUUUUGUUCUGGUUAUUGGAUUGGUGACUUUCUACCGCAUCGGCCCAUACACCAACCUCUCCUGGUCCUGCUACCUGAACAUUGGAGCAUGUCUUUUGGCCACCCUGGCAGCUGCCAUUCUCAUAUGGAACAUCCUCCACAGGCGUGAGGACUGCAUGGCACCCAGGGUCAUCGUCAUCAGCCGCACCCUGACCGCGCGGUUCCGCCGGGGCCUGGAGAACGACUACGUGGAGUCACCGUGCUGAGGCAGUGGACUUGGAAGGGGAAAGAUGUCCAAGCAGAUCUGCAGGGGAGCUGCUUUCUAUAAAUAUAUACUAUAAUUUAAAACUAAGGGUUGAAAGACAUCACAAGGCUCACUCUUGUGGGCAGAGGCCCUCAAUUAUUAUUUGGAUGGGCUCCAUCUAUAUAUAUAUAUAUAUGUAUGUAUAUGUAUAUGUAUAUGUAUAUGUAUAAAACACACAAUUUUAUAUAUAUUAUAUAAUAUUGCCCUCUUCCUCUGCUGUACAGCAUAGAAUGUUGGACUGUCAGAGUCCUGACAGAGCAUCACAGCUACAAGCCAGCAGGGUGAGCUGUAGCAGACACAGAGUAUAUGCAAAGGGGACAUAGGAAAGAGGCAACCCAACAUGUUUUCUGCCUGCAUAAAGUUAUCCUGCUCCCUAAUAAUGUAAAAAGGUCUAGGAGACCAGUGACAACAGCCUUGCAGAUAACAUGCAAUCUGAGAAAGCAGAAAUCUCACUAUAGAAUAAGUGAUUUAAUAUAACAGCUGCUUAUAUUUCAUGACUCUUCAGCCCAUCCACCCACCUCUCAGGAGCUUUCAGAAGCUGCAACGCCUGCUCCAAGCCACAGCACAGCCCAGGCAGGCAUCAGCAAAAGCAACUCCAACCACUCUGAUUGUAGAGUAAGGGGAUGCAGAAGAAUUAAGUUGCAUUUUUUUCAGAUGCUUCUUUUUUAUCCCGAGUUAAAUGUUUUGGUUUAUCCUAUGUGUUAACAGACAUGCCAUUAAAACCAAGAAGGGAAUGCAAAUAAAGGGCACAGGUGUUGCUGACAAACCUGCUUCUAUAUUGCAAUGAGGACAAAUAUCUACAGAAGCAGAUUCACCUGGGCUCCCUGAUAAUCACAAGAUACUGUUAACUUCUUAUUAUUUGAAACAGCUGUUAAGGAGAGAUAUUUCAGCCCCAAAUAAGUUCUUUUCUUCCCAGCCUGCUGUGACUUCUGGACAUUUCCAGUUUAGAAUGCUAUGUGAGGACACCCAGCUCUGCCCAGAGGCACCCAACACAGUGAACAUUAGAGGAUGUUACUGCCACUCGAGCACCCUAAUUAGAGAGUAAGACAUUUACAGGAUUUAAUAAUGAGAUUUAGAGAAGACAUGCCUAGCUACUUAAUAAGGUAAUGAAAUUAAAAGAGUCAGUACACCUUUGGAAUCAGGCAUUAUGCUUAUAAGCCUGACCUGGAGAAGAACAUGGGCUUAAAAGUCAUGUGUGCAAGAAAAACAACAGGUGAAAAACUCUGAUGCAGAAUACUUAGGAAGCAGGAGCUAGAGGCAACGACAGAUAUUACAAAACUCAAAGGAUGCUGCUCUGUGCAUAGUUACAGAUAGGUUUGAAGGCCCAGGAGCUGUGAAUGUUACACAUUCUCUAGGACAGUUGUGUCACUCCCAGCUGAGUACACCACUUUUCUGCUUCAUCAUUUUUCCCACCAUUCUUUUCCACACUUUGUUCAAAUGUGAUCAUCAAGCUGGCUCUUGAGUUCUGUUCUGCACUCAGUUCUAAUGUAACAAGAAACUCAACCCCAACUGCUGCUCUGCACCAUGUUCCAAGUGAGCAAGACUCUGCAGAGACUGAUGCUCUGGAACAAUUGCAUUGUUCUAGACCAUCAGAAUAAAAUGUCAUAGAGCUGACAAUGAGUUUCUUCAAGCAGUAGGUUUGUAAAAACCAAAUAAAAUUUGUAUUCAUUUGCCUGCAUUGCUUUCUGGAAAGUAUUUUCUAGAAAUAAUAUGCUACGAUUACAGUUUUUUUUAAAAAAAGUAAAAUAUUGGAAUAUUUAAAAGACAUUAUAUUAUUUCUUCUAAUAUUGCAAUAUCCAUAUUAUAAUAAUGUACAUUUAAAUUUAAAAAUCAGCUAUGUGGUCGGUAAAUUUGUAAUACUUGGUAUUACUGUGAUUACUUUAGAUGUAUAAAUAAAGUUGUGAAUGUUCAUU